CUUCAAGCGCCCGAGUCCAGUCUCCAUCUGCACCAGCCCUGCCCUGCCGUGUUCUCCAUAUCUCCCUUCGCUGCGUUAAACCCUCUCCUUAUCUCCCAGCCUUAUCCGUUUUGUUUGUUUUUUAAAUUUUUAUUUCCGUUCCAUUUGUUGCACUUUGCUGCGAAGCUGGUUGGCAAUUGUGGCGUUAAAUAGUUUCCGGAGAGUUGCCAAACCAGGCGAGCGGUGUGAAUGAAAUCUACCAGAGCCAGCGAGUGAGCGAGCGACCAGCGGGCGGUGGCAGCAGCAGCAGCAGCAGCAGCGAGAGCCGCGGUCACUACUUCUCUCUCCCUCUCUCCCUUCCUCCCUCCCUCCCUCCCCUCUCCCCGGCCGCUCACUCCGGGACACCCUCCCCUCUCAGUCGCUGCCAACUGCCCGGAGUUCAGCAUCGCAGCGAACGGGAGAGGUGGGGUGAAGGGGGUGAGUGGGUGGUUGUCGUCGUUCAUCAGCCCGGACAGUUGAGUGCCAGCCAGCGACUCUACACACAUAUCCGGAGCGGGGAUUGCAGAGUUUCGUGAUCACGGGAACCAAACCCCUUUCCUGGCUCGGGAUGAUUUGCAAACUUCUCCUCGUGGUGUUGGUCACCUUGCUCCCCGCCGUCUCGUCUCUCAAACCCGGUAGGAAAACGGAACCAUUCACAUAGCAAAUUUACACCCAGAACCUUUGCGGGUAGCCGGGAUCCGAAUCCAGAUGAAUUAAUCGAUCUUGAAGGAGAAGGAUCAGGCCCGUAUGACGGAAGUGGACUCGGAGAUGGAUCCGGAUUUGGACUGGAUAAAAAUACCUCCACUUACCUUGUUCGAAACGCCAUGGAAUACCACAUGACCAUCUCAGAUUCAGCAAGACAAUAUCUCACCAGCCGAUGGAUUACUGUGUUUAUCCCUUCUGCUUACACUGUUAUUUUUGCUGUAGGGCUGCUUUUCAACUGCAUAGCAAUCUUAACCAUGUACUUUAAAAUAAAGUUUGAUAAGCCGGCAAUAACAUACCUGUUAAAUUUGGCCAUAGCAGAUUUACUAUUUGUGCUGCUGCUUCCGUUUAAGAUCUUCUACUAUUUUUCCGGUGCUAAUUGGUACUUUGGUUCCUUCCUCUGCCGAAUGGUGAGUGGUGGCUUUUAUGCCUACAUGUACUGCUCGGUGUUGCUGAUGAUGUGCAUUAGCGUGGACCGGUUUGUGGCUAUAGUUUUCCCAAUCAGAUCCUCCUCCUGGAGGAGCCCCGGACGCGCCCUUGGAAUCUGCCUCCUGGCGUGGAUACUAGCCCUGGGCGGUGCCACGCCGCUCUUCGUGGUCGAGCAAACGGCGUACAUCGCCGACCUGAACAUCACCACCUGCCACGACGUGCUUCCCCUCUCCACACUGCAACGCUACUUCACCCAUUACUUUCCUGUUCUGUGCGCCGUGUUCUUCCUCAUCCCCCUGGUCGUGACCACAGUCUGUUACCUGGGCAUCAUUUCUACCCUUUCAUCCACCAAUGUGGCCAACAAAUGCAAGAAGACGUCAGCCAUCAGGUUGGCUGUGAUUGUGCUGUUUGUCUUAGUUGUCUGCUUCACACCGACUAACAUCAUUUUACUCAUUCACUAUCUUCACCUAUAUCGCGCUCCAGAUGACAGCCUCUACUUUGUUUACAUGCUGUGUGUGUGCAUAGGCAGCUUAAGCUGUUGCCUCGACCCUUUGAUAUAUUAUUACGCCUCCUCUCUGUUCCAAAAGCAUCUUAAGAAUCUUUUUUGUUCUCGGGAGGUUGCUAAGUCUGGGAGCAGUCAAACAGGAUCUAAGAGUUGUAAAACAGGAAACAUUAACAGCAAUGAUAAUACCUACAAACAAUUAUUAGCCUAAACUGAGCACAAUAAUCUUGCCAUAGUAUUUUUUAGCUUUUUUGUUUAAAGGUACAAUAACCUGUAAUUAGAUAAUUAUUAUAUUUACCAACUUUUAGCUAUAUUGUGUUAUGAUGAUUUUUAAGUUUUAUAUGCUCAACAUUUUAUUUGUUUAUGUUUGAUUUAAGUAAAAACUCACCAAUUCUGGUAAUAUUUCAUAAUGCAGGAUGUUUGUUGGGUAUAUUCAAAUUGCAGUUAUUAUCACAAUCCCAUGUUUACUUUGGUUUAGAGAUAUAGCAUGGAAACAGGCCAUUCUGCCCACUGAGUCCGUACCAACCAUUGAUCACCUGCUCACACUAGUUUUCUUUUGUCCCACUUUCUCAUCCACUCCAACAUACUCAGGGCCAAUUUACAGAGGUCAAUUAACCUGCAAACCCACGCAUCUUUGGGAUUUGGGAAGAAACCAGAACACCUGGAGGAAACCCACGUGGUCCCAGAGAGAACAGCAAAUUCCACAGUGCACCAGAGGUCAAGCUUGAACCCGGUUCUCUGUUGCUGUGAGGAAGCAGUUCUACCUGCUGCGCCUCCGAGCCACCCCACAGCUCAGCGCAAGAAUGUUUAAACACUUUACUGCACAUCCCAUACAAGAUUAGUCUUUGUUACAUGCAUAUCUAAUUCAUGGGAUGUGAUUUUUUUUUAUAGAAAGCAAACCCUAUACUUAACAAAGACACCAUGUGCUGGAGUAACUCAGCAGAUCAGGCAGCAUCUCUGAAGAACAUCGAUUAAUGCCAUUUUGGGUUGAGACCUUCAUCAGACUGAUGGUGGGGGGAGGGGUAAGAAAGUUGGAAGAGAGGACAGGGGCAGAACAAAGCCUGGUAAGUGCAGCGUAGGUUCACGAGGUUGAUCCCAGGGAUGGCGGGACUGUCAUAAGAGGAAAGAUUGAAAAGACUGGGCUUGCAUUCACUGGAGUUUAGAAGGAUGAGGGAUAUCUUAUCGAAACAUAAAAUUAUAAAAGGACUGGACAAGCUAGAUGCAGGAAAAAUGUUCUCAAUGUUGGGAGAGUCCAGAACCCGGGGCCACAGUCUUAGAAUAAAGGGGAGGUUAUUUAAGACUGAGUAGAGAAAAAACUUUUUCACCCAGAGAGUUGUGAGUUUAUGGAAUUCCCUUUCACAGAGGGCAGUGGAGGCCAAGUCACUGGAUGGAUUUAAGAGAGAGUUAGAUAGAGCUCUAGGGGCUAAUGGAGUCAAGGGAUAUGGGGAGAAGGCAGGCACGGGUUAUUGAUAGGGGACGAUCAGCCAUGAUCACAAUGAAUGGCGGUGCUGGCUCGAAGGGCCGAAUGGCCUCCUCCUGCACCUAUCGUCUAUGUUUCUAAAUAACUCAAAUAAGUUGUAAUUUUAUUUGAGCUGUUCUCACCAUCCAGAUUGGGCAGAUAAUUGAUGUUUUCAUGUGAAUUAAUGUGCAAUUGUAGAUUAUAUACUGAUUGAGAAGCAAGCAUAUUCUAUGUGUGGCAAUGAUUAUUGCUUUUAAUAUUGUAAGAUUGUAUGCGCCAACUUUUUCUCAGAUAAUGGCAGGAAACUAAAGCUUCAUUUCGUGAUUUUUUUAUAUUUGUUAUAUCGUUAUUUUAUGAUCUAUGUCAUCAAGGUAUAUUUAAACAUUGUGUUUAUAUUUGCAUGGAACUAAAUAGAACUAAUACUUAUAUUUUACAAUAAAAGUUUAUAAACUCUGAUGAAAUUGGAAG